AUGAUUAUGCACUAUACACAUGAAAAGCGAUUUUCAACUAUGAAAAAAGAUAUGCAUGAGAUUUUUCGUGAAGCUUUUGAAGGUUAUGGUUUAGAUGCUGUUAGACUCAUUGUUGGGUAUCGAAAUCAUCCGAAUUCUGAACGAGAAUUAACACGUAAACGACCACCUCUCAAAUAUCUUACAUUAAAACAACAGGAAAAAUCGACAUCAGAAACUGAACCAAAUCCAUUACAUGACGCCGAAUAA